CACUUUUAAAUGGAUUCUUCGCGAGCGCCACGUGGUUACAAAAUUUAAUAAAACACGUGGUUAGAAUAGUAAAGAGAAGAUGAGCACUCAAAGAGGAAAUGUCAAUAAAUCUCGUAGUCAAAAGCAUCAAAACACGACAAAAUUUAAAAAUAAUCUUCAUGGCGUUAAAAAUUAUAACGACACUUCUAUAACUUCGGUAUGUCUCAGAUGUAAAGAUAUUAUUGAAUGGAAAAUUAAAUAUAAUAAAUACAAACCAUUAUCUGUCCCUAAACGAUGUACAAUAUGCAACCAGAAAACUGUAACACAAGCUUAUCAUAUAUUGUGCAAGUCAUGUGUUAUUUCAACUGGUCAUUGCGCAAAGUGUGGUAAAGAAGAAUUUGCUAUAAAACCAGAAUUAUCACAGUCAGAAAAAGAUGCAGAAGGAAUUGCUUUUGACACUGAAUUGAAUUUAUUACCAGAAAGAAAAAAUUCUCUUCUUUAUAGUCCUUUGGAGUGGAGAGAACUUGGUCAUAGCUUCACGGUGGAUGAGAUGGGAUUGCUGGGCGAAGUGCAUGAUUGA